AUUUAUUUGAUGUGUUGUAAAGCCUAAUCUUUGAUGUGGCGGCGCUUGGGUUGCUCACGUGAUGCAAUUAGCGCAGGUCUGUGGAGGAUUGGAAGUCGAUUACAAGAGGUGAUAUCAAGUCAGGUCGCCAUGCUGUGUGUUGCCACGGGUUUACCAUCAUUUCCCUAUUUCGGUAGAAGAGAAGCAGUCGAGGAGCGCAGAUUCGUCCGUUGGGUGGAUCAGCACUUCUGUCAUCCUGAAGCUCGAGAGGCGCGAUCGAGGUGCCACGUAAAAGACGAUUGACUGUGUGUGGCCACGCUGGGCAAAGCCUGCCGCAACUUUCUACGCAGACUUGCGCAUCGCCCAGGCGGCACCUCGCGCUUUCAAAUCCGCUCCUACUACGCGCUGCUCAGGACAUUGGAGAAC